AUGGUGAGGCAAGUUGAUGGCGAUGGCUUUAUUGACUUCAUCCAGGAGGAGGAAGAGGAACUGAUUGAGGGGCAACAGGCCUUGAGUCUGGAAGAUCUGGAGGAACUGGUGAGAUCAAGUUCCAGCAGUGAAAGCACGGAAGAGGAGGGCAAUGGUGAACAGGAUGUCCAACCCACCUGGACCCUGGAGAGCUUUUCCAAACCCUUUUACACACUCCAGCGUGUGAAUGAUAUCAUUGUGCAGUAUGAUCCCUCCAUAGAACACAGUCAUCCAUCCUCCAACCUUCAACUAGACAAGACCAGAAGUUACAACAAUGGAUAA